UCCGAAUUGUACAGAAAACGCCUAUGUACACAUGAUAAUCUCCUACCAAUGUCCAUAGGUCCAUAGCUUAAUCUUCUACAAACCACAACAAUGCCAUCUACUCCCGUCAGCAUCAUAAGCCCCCAAACCGACCAUGCACAUGCACAACUUCAUCCUCAGCUAUGCCGCACAGCAGCUGAUCCCCGACCAAUAGUUCUAAUGACCUGCGGCAUCGCAGGUUCCGGAAAGUCAACACUAGCCCACUCAAUCGUCUCCGCGUAUCCAUCCUUCUACCGUCUCUCCAUCGACUCCUACGUUUAUUCUCACCACGGCCUCUGGGAUAUUGACUAUCCCCGAGAUCAGUACGAAGAAUACCAACUCGAAGCCGAAGAAGCACUCCGGACUGAACUUAUCUCCGCAUUGACCGGAGGACAGGUAGAUAUCGUGCUGGAUUUUUCGUUUGCAUAUCGUGAGGUACGUGAGGAGUGGAAGAGGUUAAUUGAGGGGUCAGGAGGAAGAUGGGCACUGGUGUUUUUGGAUGUUGAUGCUGCGGAACUCCGACGGAGGGUUCGCGCUCGGAAUGAGCGGGUUGAUAAGGAUGGGGACUCGGCGUUUUAUGUGACGGAGGAGAUUCUGGAACGGUAUCUUACUGGGUUUGAGAGACCUGAUGGCGAAGGGGAGAUUGUGCUGUGAGUGGACUUUACCUGGGCUGUUAUUCUUAUGAUGAGAUGUAUGGAUAUAGAGAGUUGUGUAUAUCUGGCCUGGUCUAGAAUUGAGUGGAGGCGUUAAACUCUCGACCCGGGCUCUUUAAUGUGAGGGUUUCAUUCGUG